GUGGAUUUAUCACUGAUAACGAUGAAGAGGCAUUACGUGCGUUCGUCAGUGCGCAGCAGAGAUUCAUCAAGCACAUCAACAGGUUUGGAUCCCAGGGAGAGGGUCAAGGAUUGUUGCAGAAAGCUGGUGGCCUUCAUGUGCACACAAGUUGGUGUUGGUGGGCUUGUCGUGGGAUAUGCUAUUGUCGGGGCUAUGGGUUUCAUAGCGAUUGAGACCCAGGAGGAGUAUCCCCAUGUUACUGCCAUCGUUAAGCUCAGGAGAAAUUUUUCCGAGCAACUUUGGAAUCAUACUGCCGGCGACAGGAGAGUCAACAUCAUCAAUAAGACAGCUUUCUACAGGAAUACUGAUGUUAUUCUUCAGGAUUAUCAGAGCAAUGUUGUGGAUGCUAUCAAGGGGGGAUACAACAAUAAAACUGUUAUCGAGGUCUGGAGUGUACCUGCUGCACUCAUGUACAGCUUGUCAGUGUUUACGAUGAUUGGAUAUGGGAAUAUGGUGCCGAGAACUGCCUGGGGUAAAGGGGCCACCGUUCUUUAUGCCAUUUUUGGGAUUCCCCUUUAUGUACUGUACUUUCUCAAUAUGGGGACGGUUCUGGCUGGAACUUUCAGAUGGCUCUAUCGGUGGUUUCACGAGUGCACGGGGAAGAUUCGACCUGGGCAAAAAAUCACGGUACCCUCGACCGCUUGUCUCUGGGUAAUAUCGGCGUAUGUCCUCGUGGGUACUAUAAUGUUUGCCCAAUGGGAGGGCUGGGACUAUCUCGAUAGCGCCUACUUCUGUGUAACAUCACUAUGUAAAAUUGGAAUGGGAGAUUUUGUACCCGGUGCCACAUUCGCCGACGUUGCCAAGGACGGACAUCUCAAACUCGUUAUUAACUUUAUAUAUCUACUCCUGGGGCUCGGACUACUCGCCAUGUGUUACAAUCUCAUGAGGGAAGACGUCAAAGAAAAGGCCAAGGAAUUGAAAGCAGACGUCAUCGACGCUUUCGAAGACUUCAGAGAGAGAAUCAUCGCGUGUUGUCAUUCCGAUGAUAUUUGACGAUCUGAUACGUGAAAUAAUGAUCAAUAAAUCGAUUUAAAUUGAGGGACAAUUUUCGUUCGAUUUUUAAGAUGGAAAAAAUUCUU